GUGGAACCUAAAUAAUUCCGAGCGUUAUGCUCUGCAGUACGUGGACGGCCAACAAGCUUACAUCACAGAACUGAACCGUGGAGAAAUUAAGAAUGGGAGUAUCCUGCAGUUGACCACUGCUCCGGAUCAAGAGGCAGCAAAGCUGCACGGGGGCAUUCAAAGCAACAGUGUGGACGUGAAGACCAAUUCUUUGAAGAAGCUGGCCAGCCUGUCCCGGGAUGUGGCCUUUGCGCAGGAGUUUAUUAGCAGAAAUGGCCUGAAUCAACUCUUCUCGAUUGUGGAGGAAGAUAAUAAUACAGGGGAGAUUCUGGCGUAUACCCUGAAGGCCUUUGUAGAGCUGAUGGAACAUGAUUUUGUUUCCUGGGAGACCCUCAGCCCCACUUUCAUCAAAAAG